UCCCAAGAUGGCGGCCACCAUGAAGAAGGCGGCUGCAGAAGACGUCAAUGUUACCUUUGAAGACCAGCAAAAGAUAAACAAAUUUGCACGGAAUACGAGUAGAAUCACAGAGCUGAAAGAAGAAAUAGACGUAAAAAAGAAACAACUCCAGAAUCUAGAAGAUGCUUGCGAGGACAUCAUGCUUGCAGAUGACGACUGCUUAAUGAUACCUUACCAGAUUGGGGAUGUUUUCAUUAGCCAUUCCCAAGAGGAAACGCAAGAUAUGUUAGAAGAAGCAAAGAAAAAUUUGCAAGAAGAAAUUGACGCCUUAGAAUCCAGAGUGGAAUCAAUUCAGCGGGUGUUAGCAGAUUUGAAGGUUCAGUUAUAUGCAAAAUUUGGGAGCAACAUAAACCUUGAAGCUGAUGAAAGCUAAAUGUUUUAUAUUACUUUAAAAAUUUGUUUAAUAAACUUGAAUAUUGU